GACGCACGCACAGUCUUCCGUUUGUCAACAAUCCGCGCGGUACGCUCACAAAGCCGCGCACCGUUGCGCAACACUUUCGCCGCUUUUUUAAAUCGAGUGGCCCGCGACCGGACGGUUGCCGUGGAAACGCUGCCGAAACCCGCGUUUGUUUUUUCCGUCGCGCAGGUCACGCGGACCGGUAACCUGUUGCCGUUUAUUUUCGACGGAUUUUUACGAGUCAGGGUCGAGGAGGCAUGUCGCCGCGGCUAGCAGCAACAGCAGUACGUUCGGAAAUCGUUCGAGGUCCGACUGCUCGGUCGUGCGUAGUGUGACGAUGUGCGUUUUCUGCUGCUGUUGUCGCCGGCGUCGCGACGGCGUCGCCGACGUCGAGGACGGUACCACGGCGGCGAAGAUCAAGGACCUGACCAAUAGCGAACCCCUCAUACGAAAUAGUACGAUAGAAGAGCUUAAAUUAAAAUUAGAGAAUAAAGAAAUCCUAGUCAAAUCGCGACUCGACAAUUCGCCAGUGUCCCAGCCGACGACCCCGACGACCCCCAAAAGGGAAGACGGCGACGAAGACGAGCUGAUAGGCGACAUCUCGACUGCCAUGAUACCGGACGGUAGAACGCCGUCCCUGUUGAGCGACGACGGCCUCAUAGCGCCCAGGAAACCCGUGAACCCCGUACGGGAGAACCCCGAGAGGCAAAACCUUCACAAGGAACUGCUCUUCAACCAAAAAAUAGGCAAGAAUGUCCUAAACCAGAAAACAGAGCUUCAGCGUGCGCUAGAGAGGCACAAAAAUAACCUGGCGAAAAAAGAACUGGAAAGUCACAUAGCAGCUCGUACCCCCGAAUUAAAAAAAGUCAUUGCUGAACGGGCGAGGCGAAUGGAAAAUCCAACCAAGGAGGAGAACGAGGACGACAAAGUCAUCAACAAGGAAUUUCUCCAGGCGCGAAUGAAACUGAAACACACCAACGACUUGAAAUAAAAUUUCGAAUAUUUAGGAUUUGUAAGAAAAAUCAUACAAAGCGUUAAGUUCUACUAAUGCAUUUAGUAUUACAAUAUAAUUUUUAAGGGUACAGCGAAUAGGAAAAUCGAGAUCUAAAUAAAGGGCUGCCUUAAAAGACAUUUCGGUUUCAAGAGUCAGAACCUUUUUUUUCGUAUCCAUUAUUGUGUAAGAAGUAAGUUUUUUUCGUUGAUCCAAUAUGUUUGUACAGCCACUUAUGUGUGUAGUUACUAAGACAGCCUUAUUGUUGCAUUAGUUGUUUAACUCUACAGUUGUUUAUUUGUAAUUUAAUGUGAUAAUGUAGUUUGUAGGUAAGUGACACAGGUCGAUGACUAAUCUAAUGCUAUUUUGUAUCUGGUUAAGUGUUAGUCAAAAGUGUAUAUUAAUUGUAGGAUUGUAGGCAUCCUAAGAAUAUGAAAUAAAUAU